AUGAGAAAAUCUGUCAUGUUCUUUGGCUCCAAACUUAAUAGAAACGAAGCCGAUGAACAAUACCUUCCCUACACCAACCAUCGACACUCCAAAAUGUUCGGUACCAUUACUUCUUCGACUGUCAACAAUCAAAAUAAUUCUUUAAAUUUCACAUUACCAAGAAUUAUAAAUAUUGACAUGAAGGAUCCUCUGAAAUGUUUUGAAUUUAUUAAUAAUUGUGAAAAGGGUGCAUUUAAUGUCCAUGCCAUUGAAUUUUCACACGUUCAAUAUUUAUUACAACAAUUAGUUUGCAGUAAUUCGAUUUAUAGUGAACUGCCAAUAUUUCACAUCAAAAAGCAAGAUAGAGUUUCACUUGAUUUAUCAGUGAGUGUAUCGCCAUCGACUCCAAUUUCGACAUCUAGAAGAGAAACAGUCAGUGGAAGUGGUGGAUAUUUAACUCCAAAUUCACCAAAUUUUGAUGAUAAUUCAAGUUCGAGUAGUUUGGGGUCAACUUUUACUAAUCCUUCAAUUCCAAAUAAGGAUUUACCAAGUAUUAGCACUGGUUUGAAUGAGAGGAAGGUUUCUGGAUUUGGAAAGUUGAAGAAAAUAUUUCAGAAAGUUUCGCCUUCAACUCCUUCUUCUCCAAAAAAGAAAAGGGCAAAAGUUUUGAAGAAUUUAUUCGAUUCCAUGCCUAAUUUGACUAAAUUGACCAUGACAGAGAGUUUUGCAAAUGAGAUGGAGGCAGAUUCAUUUGAAGGUUAUUCAUUUGGUCAUUUAUGUGAAUAUUUAACAAGUAGUGCAGUAACUUCCUUGACAGGUUUGACAAGUUUAGAAAUGGUUUCUUCUCAUCGUUCCAUUGGAUCAAAGGGAUGUAAAUACUUAGCGAAUGGUAAAUUGAAAUGCUUGACAAGUUUAGAUGUGAGUCUUGAAAGUCUUAAUGAAACAAAUAAUAAUGGAAUCAAAUCGAAUGGAUGUAAAUAUUUAGCCAACGGUAAUCUAAAUCAUUUGAUUCAAUUGAAUUUGAGUGGUAAUAGAAUAUAUUCAAAGGGAUGUCAAUAUCUUUCGAAUGGAGGAUUAUUAACUCUAACUCACUUGAACUUGUCAUGUUGUGCAUUAGAUUUUGAUGCUUGUCAAUAUUUGGGAAAUGGAAACUUGAAGAAUUUGGUCCAAUUGAAUCUCUCAAAGAAUAUGCUUAUUGGAUCUGGUAUUCAAUUUAUUUUCAAUGGAAACAUGCCAAAUUUAACGUGGCUCAGUUUGGAAUCUUGUGAGGUUAGACCAUCUGAUUGUGCAUUUAUUGGAAAUGCAGAUGUUUCCUCUUUGGUUUAUCUUAACAUUUCGAAUAAUCCAAUUUCAGAUGAAGGAUGUAAAAAUUUGGCAAAAGCUCAAUUCCUCUCAUUACAAGAUUUAUAUUUGAGAGAUUGUCAAAUAGGAUCAAGUGGAUUUGCAGAAUUGACUGCCAAUGGCAUUGGAAAGUUAACUAAACUCUAUGUCGAUAACAACAAUAUUGGAGACGAAGGUUGCCUAAACAUUUCCAGUCUUCCAUUCCUCAACCUCCUCUCAGUUUCAAAUAAUAAUUUGGGUUCCAAAGGUUGUAGAUGUAUUUCACUCCUUCCUCAACUUCAGCACUUAACCAUUUCGAGAAAUAAUGUUGGCAGCUCUGGUUGUCUCUAUCUGAAUGCACUUUCAAAAUUGGAAUACUUGGAUCUUGUUGGAAAUGACAUUAGGGAUGCAGGAUGUGAAAUAUUAUGUAAUGGAUCACUGACAAACGUUCGAGUUUUCCUUUUGAAUCAGAAUUUAAUAGGUUUGGAAGGUGUGAAAUUCCUGUUGAAUGCAGAUUUUCCAAAAUUGGAAGAAAUUCACUUACAGGAUGCUAAGGAUGGAUCUAUUCAUGCCAAUACUAUUGAAAGACAACCUCUGGUAGAGCUAUAUACUUCUCAUAAGAGUAAGGUUAUCCUCAAAUAAAUCUGACAAUUAAAGU